AUGGCUUCUGAAUGGAACAUGCAGAUGCCGCGGAAAUGCCCAGCUGGGCAGCUUUUGAACGUUAGCGGUCCCAGGAUAACUCAGGUCUCUCUUAUUCAGAGUCGCCACAUUGCACAGCCUGCUCGGCAGCUCAGCUCCAAUCUCAGCACAUUCUUAGAAGUAAAUCGAACAGGCUUGCCAUGGCCAUUUUCAAGCUACCAAUAUAACCCUAACCAGCUUGCAAAACUCCUGAAAAUUGAUCUGUCAACUCUCAUGAACCAGUUCCUCAUCAAGGGCAGUAUGGCUGGGGGCACCAUCUACCUGGUGUAUGACCAGGAGCUGCUGGGGCCUAGUGGCAAGAGCCAGACUGCCCUUCAGAAGUCUGAGGAGGUAGCCCCCCCCCACCCCUCAGCCAUGGACCAGUUCAGCCAGUACAUGUGUGAGCAGACCAGUCUGAAGAUACCCCAGCUCCCAGUCCCUCCAAAGUUUAACUCUCACAUCUGCAAGUCCUGGAAUUCAGGCAUCAUUAUGCUGAUGUUGGCUCUCUCGGUGGCCCCGUCCAAGGUCCAGGGGUACUCCAAGGAGGUCCGGGGAUACCUGAUGGAGCAAACCAAGUAG